UUUGGGUUAGACACAGCACAAGCCAUGCACAGCUACGGCAGACAAAGUAAUUUCACCUGGAACGGAACCCUGAGAGAGCUGAGUAACUACUCCUGCAGCGAACGAGUCCGGCCCAGCAUGGCAGCCCCAGGCAGCUCCAGUGGACUAGAGGUUCUCCUGUCUACGCUGCAGAAUGCAGGGGACAUCGAGAGCACCCUCAGUACUCUCAAUGUGCUGGAUGAGCUGCUUUCAGCUGGAACAGAUAGAAGAAUCCUCUACAUGAUCUCAAAGGGGGGCAGCGAAGCCCUCCUGUCGGCCCUUGUGACCACAGCCAGGACGUUCUCCCCAAACUUCACCAUCCUUCUCCCCCUACUGCACCUCCUGGCUAAGGUUGGACACAGAGACCGUCGUAUUGGGAUGAAGGCUGAGAAGGCGGAGGCCGUGAUGCUGACUUUGAAUCUGCUGAAACAGAAUGAAAGACAUUCCAGGAUGACGGCAGCCUGCCUUUGGGUCAUCCAGGUGUUCUGCUCCUCCGUCACCACAGCGACACUGCUGGGACAAAACCGGGGCCUGGACGUUAUAUUCAGGCUGAUACCCCCUUACACUACGAGGCACACACGUACCGUCAAGGCAGCCAUCGAUGCAUUUGCAGCACUUUUAUAUUCAAUGGCCAACGUCAAGACUGCCGUGGCCAAGGGUUACGUUUCUGGCCUGCUGAGGCUGUACGAGGACUGGCACAACAAGGACACCGGCCAUGAGGCCGUCCCCAUCCGCCUGGCGCUGCUCCACUGCCUGCAGCAGGCCACCCACUGCCGGUUCGGCCGGGACGCGCUGGCGGCACACGGGGGCAUGAGCCUCCUCUACCACUCCACGCAGACCUGCCUGGCCAGUAAAGGUCUGGAGUCCCUGGUGGAGCCGGCUGUCCAGCUGAUGAGGAAAUGCUGUCCUAAAUGUCCCCUUGCGCUGACCUCGGAUCGCAGUGUUUAUACCUUCGUCCUACCUGGGAGGCCCACUGAAACCCCCCCAGGACCCCAACAUGUCGGCUUCGAAGAUGAUAGUGACGACGAUGCUGAGAAUGAAGAGGCUGACUGUACCAAAGAAUACGAUGAUGACCUGGAGUCAGACGUAAACAAACUGCGGUCCAGGCCUGAGCUUGACAGGCCUCUGGAGCAGCUGGGUCAAUACGUCAGACUGUGUCCUGAACUCCAGCAUGACUUCCAGGACUUGGACUCAGGCUCAGAGGUAGACGACAGCUCAGAUGAGGAGGAUCUUCUCAAAGGGGACUUUUGGAACGACAGACGAUCCACAGUGACUCACAGAGAUUCUCCGUCCCGUUCACCUGUCGACCACACGGCCUCAACCGCAGAGGACGGAGACCGGGACGUGAAAGGAGAACCUGCUGAGAUCCACCUUCAGGCGCGGGACUUGCACAGCCACUUCCUGUCGAGCUCUGGGCUGAAGCCCGACGGCCACCCCAGCAUGGUUGACAGGCUGCUGGAGAAACACGGCGCCUGCAUCCCUCACCAUGAACCACGUCUGUACGCCGCAGCAGCUGCGCUAACCAAGUCCAUCCCCGGGUACUCCAUCUUAGCCUUCCCUGACUUCUGGGGUCAUCUCCCUCCACAGAGUAAAGAGCCAAUGGCAGGAAGGAAACCCAAUGUGCAACGGAAGAAGGUGUUGGAGGACGUCCAGCGUCUUCUCUCCCCUGAGGACAUUAUUAACGAGGUAGUGUUUGACCUGGAGGACCCCAGCAACCAGUGUUCAUCGGAUCAUUCUGGCUCCUUGAGCUUUUUCUCACAGUUUGAAUGCGGGAAUCUGCGAAAAGCCGUUCGCAUCCGCAGUCAUGAGUAUGAUCUGAUCCUGAACGCGGAUGUCAACUGCUCCCAGCACCACCAGUGGUUCUAUUUCGAGGUCAGCGGCAUGGCGGCCGACAUACCAUAUCGCUUCAACAUCAUCAACUGUGAGAAGGCCAACAGCCAGUUCAACUACGGGAUGCAACCGGUGCUGUACUCUGUCAGGGAGGCUCUGGAGGGACGACCCCACUGGGUUAGAACUGGGACUGAGAUCUGUUACUACAGAAACAACUACUACCCGAGCCAAGGCUGGAAGAUCUGCUCCUUCUACACCCUGACAUUUACAGUGACCUUCAGACACAACCAAGACGUCUGUUACCUGGCCUACCACUUCCCCUACACCUACUCUGCCCUCCAGAGCCACCUGCAGGGACUGCAGCGCUCCGUGGACCCUGACAAGGUGUUCUUCAGGCUACAGAGCCUGUGUGACACACUGGGCGGAAACCCCUGCCCGCUGGUCACGGUCACCGCCGUCCCGUCCUCCAAGAGCUGGAGAGACCUGCACCAGAUGCGUAACCGUCCUUGCGUGGUGUUGACAGCCCGUGUCCACCCUGGGGAGAGUAACGCCAGCUGGGUGAUGAAGGGUACACUGGAGUUCCUGUGUAGCAGCGAUCCCCGAGCGGAGAGCCUGAGGGAGGCCUACAUCUUCAAAAUCAUCCCCAUGCUCAACCCUGACGGGGUCAUCAAUGGCACUCAUCGCUGCUCUCUAAACGGUGAGGACCUCAACAGACAGUGGUUGAAGCCUGAUUCUGUCCUUAGCCCCACCAUCUACCAUGCCAAGGGCUUCCUCUACUACCUCAGCAGCAUUGGCAGGACGCCACUGGUGUUCUGUGAUUACCACGGCCACUCGCGGAAGAAGAAUGUCUUCCUGUAUGGCUGCAGUGUGAAAGAGACCUUGUGGCAGUCAGGUUCGAAGGUCAACACUGCCACUGUGAAGGAAGACCCGGGAUACAGGACAAUCCCUAAGUCACUGGACCGCAUAGCCCCGGCAUUCUCCUUCAACAGCUGUAACUACCUGGUGGAGAAGUCCCGAGAGGCUACGGCCCGGGUGGUGGUGUGGAGGGAGAUGGGGGUGCUUCGGAGCUACACUAUGGAGAGCACCUACAACGGCUGCGACCAGGGGGUCCUUAAGGGCCUGCAGACAGGUACGAGGGAGUUGGAGGAGAUGGGGUCGAAAUUCUGUCAGUCGCUGCUCUCCUUGAGGAGAGGCACCACACCCUAUAAGACAAGAGUCAUGUGCCAUCCAGCCCUGGAACUGGAUCACAUCUUCCUGGAUCACAAUUCCCACAACUGCUUUGAGGAUGAUGAACCGCCUUGCGUGGAGGAAAUUGAGUACCUUACCGACAUCUUCCCCAAGUCCAAAGGAAAUGAUCUCGACACAGAGGUCAAUGGCAAUACCUCCAGCACCGAUGAAGAGGAGGAGGACGAGCCUGAGAUGAACAGGAAUGGUCGACAACACUCAUUGGAGUCUCACCUCUGUCCUCAUUUAAUAGGACAAGAGACUUUGAACAUCAAGAGGAAUGGAAUGAGCAUUUCAGAAGGACAGUAUCUGAGCUAAGGUCUCGCGAGGGGCAUUUUCCCAAAGCACCCGUUGCCUUUUUUUUUUUUUACUGAUGUAUGGGGAACGUUUUGAUUUGAAUAUGGGAUUGCUAAUGUAUAUGGUUGCUCAGUUGCUCUCUUUCAGACCACUGGAUAUAUACUAGAGCGUAUAUAUGCAGGGUGCAGAGGCACAAAUACUGUAUUUAUUUUAAACAACACCAUUUCUCGACGCUUCUCAAAGUCUAUCCUAUUAAAUGUAAUUACCGAAUUAGGAAAUCCAUCAACUACAAUGUCUGCCUACUCCUCACAUACUGUUUCAAGAAAAUGAAACAAAACAUGUACUCAGGUAAUAGGCUUGUUUAAUCUCAAAAUAGGCCAUCACGGCCCAUGAAAUUAGAUAGGCCUGUUAGUCAGGUUUAACUGCUGAAACAUCUAAAAAUUAUUGCUAAAUUCACAAUUACAUUUAGCUCUGUUACCAAUGUGAUCUUGAGAGACAUACACUUUGAUUCAAAGUGAUAUUAUGGGAUUUUUGGCUACUGUUUGUAAAAGUUGAGACAAAACGUGUCCCUGACAAGUGUGUACUAUGUCAUGUUUCUGCUGAUAAGUGCCCCAUGACAUCACAACUACUCAUUUUGAAACUUGGAAUUUCAUGGCAAACUGAGGUGUGAUAGUGAUUCUAAUUCUUACACAUACAGACCAAAGGAGGAUUAAAACAUAGUUUAUUUACAAAAAUCCCAGAUUGCAUACUGUUUUGUGAAGUGCUGUAUUAAUGUAUUUCUUGUAAUGGUAAUGUGAUGAGUAGACAGACACAAUUAGACAUAGACAAGAAAUGGAUUUCAACUGUAAGCAUUCUACAGUGGGUGUUUAUCAGUUCGUGUGGCGCCUGUUCUUUGCUGUAUUCAGUAGAGUCCAAGAAGCUGUUGAUGGUGGAUGUGCACAUGAGGGAAAAAUGUUGGCACAGGAUGUAAAUGUCUUCUUCCCCAAUGCCAGAGAGAAAGGGAGGCUCUGGCCAGUGUGUUGGUGGCUACAGCCCGUUAUGCUGCGGGCCUUUAGCUUGUGGUUUUGAACAGACGGUCUUGGAAUGAU